GAGGGUUAGGGUUUUGACUUAAAAAUCAAAAGUCAAAACCCCAUUUGAAGUUUGUUAACUGUGGACCACUCCACUCCAAAAACCUCCAAAAAAAAACUUCCAUCAUCAAUCAACAAUGGAAGCUCAAUUCUCUCAUAAACGCCACCAAACUCAUCAUCCAUCUCACUCUAACUAUACACCAAUUUCUCAACAACAUACUAAACCCUCGAUUACCGGCGAAACCCAAUUUCGAAUCCUUUGUCCUGCAGCUAAAGUCGGUGGAGUAAUUGGUAAAGGCGGCGCCGUGAUUCAACAACUUCGAGAAGAUACUGGAGCACGAAUUCGCAUUGUCGAUGAGAUUUCCCCUUUUGCGUGCUACGAAGAACGAGUAAUCCUCAUUGUUGCCGAUUCCAAAACCCUUAACCCUAAUGACGAUAGAGAAGAGGGAUCGGCGGCGCAAUUUGCGUUACUGAAGGUGUUUGAGAGGAUUUUGAAGGUGGAUGAAGAGAGAAGUGAAGAAGAGAGGAAACAUAAUAAUGGAAAUGAGAAUGAGAAUAACAAUAACAAUAACAAUAAUAAUAAUAAUAAUAAUAAUAAUAAUAAUAAUAAUAAUAAUAAUAAAAAUAAUAAUAAUAAUAAUAAUAAUAAUAAUAAUAAUAAUAAUGUAGUUUGUAGAUUAUUGGCGCCAAUCCAUCAAGUUGGGUGUGUUAUUGGAAGAGGGGGAAAAAUUGUGGAGAAAAUCAGACAAGAAAGUGGUGCUCAAAUUAGGAUUUUGCCUAGAGAGCAAAUUCCUGCUUGUGCUUCACCUGGGGAGGAACUCAUUCAGAUGACAGGAAAUUUUCAAGCUGUCAAGAAAGCUCUCUUAUCUGUUUCAAGUUGUCUUCAGGAGCACCCUAGAGCUGAUAUGUUACAAGGAGCUAACAGUGCUAGCCAGACAGAUUCUUUUCUUCAUAGAGGCGAACUUAUCACUGAUCAUCACUCCAGGAGCUUCACAACAGCUUCAGCUUCUGAAAAUAUUGUACAUAACCAUUGGAUGAUUCCAGAAGAAGAUGUUGUUUUUAGAUUGCUAUGCCCAGGGGAUAAAUUUGGAAUCUUGACAGGAAAAGGUGGUUCUAUUGUAAAUGCAAUUCAAAAGAAAACUGGGGCAUCAAUCAAGCUUGGUGAUCUUGUUGCUCCUGAUGCAGAUGAGUGGAUUGUUUACAUAUCAGCACGGGAGAGUAUGGAUCUGAAGUGCUCUCCUGCUCAGGAUGCUCUCAUUCGUGUGCAUAGCAGAUUAGCAGAGGUCAGAUUUGAACCAGGUGCCUCAGUUACUGCUCGGCUUCUUGUUCAUUCACAACAUAUAGGUUGCUUGUUGGGCAAAGGAGGCAUCAUUAUUACUGAAAUGAGAAGACUUACUGGUGCUAGUAUUCGAAUUUUUGACAGGGAAAAUGGCCUGAACUUUAAAACUCAGAAUGAUGAACUUGUACAGGUCAUUGGGAGCUUGCAGUCAGUCCAGGAUGCUUUAUAUCAGAUUACUAGUAGGCUUCGAGAAAUUUUAUUUCCAGUAAAACGCCACUUUUCUCAUGUCAGUAGCUCACCUUACUUCUCUAACUAUCAGGAGUCAUCAUCUCCUUCAUUUCGGCCGAGGCAUGAUCAGGCUUCUCCAGGUCGUUAUCAAUCACCGGCUGGAUUGCCUAAUGCAUAUGACUACCGCUCUGCUGGUCAAGUGCACGCACAUCCAUCAUUUUCAAAUGAUUUGGAUAGAAUUGAUGUAGCUAAUGGUGAGCUUGAUCGCUAUCAUUAUGGUGGUGAUAGAGGUUCAUAUGGCUCGUCAUUUGAACGGCCUCCGUCCCCUAAUAUAUGGCAUCCCCAGGCAGUUGACUACAGAAACUCUGGCAGAUUUUCUGAUGUAGGGCCCGGGCCCGGGUCUGGGUCUACAAAUAUACUAGCAAAUAAUAACGAAAGUGCUCAGAUGCUGAGAAUGACAUCGGUUGAAGUUGUAAUUCCACAAAUUUUGCUACCUCAUGUUUACGGAGAAAACAAAACCAAUCUUGGUCAUAUUACACAGUUCUCUGGAGCGGAUGUAACUAUUCAUGAUCCGAAGCCUGGGGCUACGGAAGGGCACAUCAUAAUAUCAGGAACCCCACAUCAGCUAUAUGCAGCUCAAAGCCUUGUACAAGCGUUCAUCCUUUGCGGUCAAGCAUUUUGAAACAGUAAUACAAUUCGCCAAAUAAGAACGAAGUUGAAUUCAUUUCAUGCUAACCCCGUUGUUAUCCACUUAUCCCCAAUUUUGCGAUUUUUGAAUAAACGUUUCUGAGCCAAAGCUCCAUAAAAUGAUGUAGUAUUUACAUUGAUCUAUUUAUUUUUGGCCAAUGUACGGCUUUUAUUCUUCUAUUCCUGUCUUGAAGACUCUUGAAAUAUUGUCAUAGAAAUAGAAUGCACUCACUGAUUUUGUUUUGGGAGAUAGUAGAAUGUAAUUGUACAUAUAUUAAAAUAGAAUUGAUCAUUUAGUGUGAACAUAUGCACAGCUUAAAUUUUUUUGUAUUCUAGAAUUUAAUUUUUAGCCAUGUGCCGUGAUCUAUAUUCCUUUUUUUAUUUUCAUCGACGGCAUUUAAAUUAUAUUUUCAUCUCAUUUACACACAUCUUUCACUGCUUUACGAUAUUUAUUUUUGUUUUUGUUUUUCUUGGUUUCCCAUCAAAUGUUGUCAUCAUCAUCAUUCUACCUAGUGUAUUCCGCUCAUAAAAAAACUAUGGACGGGGUCUGGGGAAGGAAGGACGGCGGCAACUCAUACCUAUAAAGGA